CGUCAACAAAUUCGCCAUCUUAUUUUAUUUGGCGUGGUGGUUGCAACAAUUUGUAAUUUGCUUUCAAUUUUCGAUUUCUAGUGCAAAGUUUAGCUGUAAAUAACUGUAAUUGUAAAUAGCUAACAUUAGAGUCGCAACAAAUACGAUAAAUUGUGUAAUUUAACUGUGUAUCAUAAUGGAGGAACAACUAAAAGCUCUAAAGGCCCAGAGAGGCUAUGCAAAAGUAGUGAACCAGACUAUGAGCGCUCUCACCAACCUACAGGUGAAUGUCGAUGACAAAGACCCGUUUUUACUGGGUAUUCUGCAGCGUAAGUUAGACACAUACAGCUGGAGGUCAUAUCAACUGGAGAGAAACCUGGAGAAUGACCCAACAGUUCAAGAUUUCCUCUCCUAUCUGGAGAGGCGAGCUCUUGCUUUGGAGAACACCGAUCACAGCGAGACAGCCACAUCUGGGAAACGGCAGCCGGCAUGCAUAGCAAAGAGUAAGGUUUAA